AAUAGUUCAUAUCUAUCCUUCACUACAGAAAGCAUCAAAAUGAUACCGCAAACUCCUAAAAUCUUAGACACCAAUGAGUAUUCACAAACAUUGGGGAUAUCACAAAAGAUAUUAAAAGAAAAUGGUGAAUUGGCAGGAACUGGGCAGAAAUCAUUAUGUACAGAAAGUAAUUUAGUCAUCAAACAAGAGGACAACAUUUAUGACUUAUCCAGUGAAAUUAUUAUCCGCGAGGAGAAACCACACACAUUUACUGAGUUUUCAAAACAUAUUAAAGAAGGAAAAAGUCUACAGUCUAGCCAAAUGAUUCAUACAAAGGAGAAACCUUUCAAAUCUACAGAGUGUGAGAAAAGCUUUAGAUGGAAGUCUCAUCUACUAGAACACCACAAAAUUCACACAGGUGAGAAACCAGAGUGCAGCAAAUGUUUUACACGAAUGGAUCAUCUGAAAACUCAUGAAAGGAGUCACACAGGAGAAAAGCCUUUCACAUGUACAGAGUGUGGAAAAAGUUUUACACAAAAGAGUGAUCUGAAAAAGCAUGAAAGGAUUCACACAGGGGAAAAGUCAUUCACAUGUACAGAGUGUGGAACAAGUUUUACACAAAAGAGUAGUCUGAAAACUCAUGAAAGGAGUCACACAGGAGAAAAGCCUUUCACAUGUACAGAGUGUGGAAAAAGUUUUACACAAAUGGGUAAUCUGAAAACUCAUGAAAGGAGUCACACUGGAGAAAAGCCUUUCACAUGUACAGAGUGUGGAAAAUGCUUUACACGAAUUGAUACUCUGAAAACUCAUGAAAUGAAUCACACAGGGGAAAAGCCUUUCACGUGUACAGAGUGUGGAAAAAGUUUUAAACACAAGAGUGAUCUGAAAAAACAUAAAAGAAGUCACACAGGGGAAAAGCCCUUCAUAUGUACCGAGUGUGGAAAAAGUUUUACAGUAAAGAGUAGUCUGAAAAGUCAUGAAAGGAGUCACACAGGAGAAAAGCCUUUCACAUGUACAGAGUGUGGAAAACGUUUUACACAUAACAGUAAUCUGAAAAAGCAUGAAAGGAUUCACAAGGGGAAAAAACCUUUCACAUGUUGAGAACGUGGAAAAUGGUUUUUUAUUGAAAUCAGGUAUCACAAAACAGCUAAUAUUUACACACAAAUAAACUUUAUAUACACAGUGUACAAACCUGUUUACAAUUAUCCUAAAGAGGACAAACUCUCUAAAUAGAAGCAUCAAAAAGGAUGAUAUUGUAAAUAAUACUUUCUAAAUCCCAGUUAUAAAAGCUCCAGAUUGGAAGUGCUCCCCUGCUGACCUUUGUUUCUCUAUAUUUGUGCACCUCAGUUUCUCUCAUAUAAAGGUGAUAGAAUCCAAACACCACACAGGAAUAUACAAAUCUGUCCUCAUAGUGACCAGUUUACACAACCAUUCACCACCAAAGCACCCCCAGUGUUGUUUAUUAAUAUGUCAGUGUUAGGAGUUGUACGUUUGAUUUACAUAGAGGAAAAAAUAAUUAUAUUUUUACAGAAUAAAGGAGUCUUUAUUUGAAUAUAGUGUUUUAUAUAAACAAGAACAUCAGUCUCAACUGAUUGACAUCUGGGAGAUAUAUUUAUUGUGCACAUCAUGUGGAUAAACCUUUUCUUAUAGCAAUAGAUGCUUAGCAUUGUACAUGUUAUAUACCAGAGGAAUUACUGAGGGGAAACUGAUUUUAUUUCAUGAGACACAAUAUCAGUAAUGGGUACAUACGUGAUCUUAAUCAGUUUAAUUUAAAUGGCUACUAUAACCUACAUGUAUACUGGGUAUGUAAUAUGUAUGUCAUGUCAUGUUCUGUAACUUGAUAUUAUGGGGCCAAUUUAUGAAAGUGCGAGCGGACAUGAUACAAUGUUGCGUAUCAUGUCCACCG